AGUAACGCAUUAAGUAUCCGACCAGAACGUCGUGCGCGCACUUCAAUUUUUUUUCCUCGUGUUGGCCAGAUCGAAGAAUUUCUCGAAAAAUAUUCAAAUUACGGUUUACCGGGUGCAUUCCGUUAAACUCUGAGCCAGUGUCGAGUGUGUGUGUGAGUGGUUUUUUGUGUAUUUGGGUGUGCGCGAAAAUUGAAAAUAAAUAUGUGAAAUUAUCAUCGGGUAAUAAAUAUCUACAUACAUAUAUUGGAAUCGAGAAAGCUCAACAAAACGCGUUACAAACAUGGAACAUGGAUUAUAGAAGAUCGAAAGGGUUUUAAACUGAUUGAAAGCCAUUUCCAGAUCGCUUUUUUAUUUAAGUUUCUUGGAUCUCAACACACAUUCUCAAUUUUUGCAUUAUUGUUAUUCGUUAUGCUGUACAGUAAAACAUGGCUAAAUCGUCACUUUAUGCUGCUGGGGUGACCUGUUUGGGUUUCAUUUGCUUUGCCUUGGCAUCGGUGGCCAUUGGUAUACCAAUUUGGGGUUACUACAAUAGUCCAUCGGGUGAAUAUAUAAGUGGCUUUGAUUUGGAUCGUGGAUAUUUUAGCCCGUUUAAAGUUUGCAAACAAUUGACAUAUAAUCGCGAAAAAUGCGGCAAUGAUGUUUCGAAAUUUAGAUUAAGCAAUGUAGUCUUUAUCAGUGGCCUAUUGGCCAUUGGCAGCUCAGCUGUGCUGGGCGUAUUUUGCAUACUCUCGGUCAUUCAACAUGCAAUGAUCUCAUCGAGGGAGAAGGUUGUUAUGCCCUAUACAACACUUGUGAUAGUGAAGCUACUCUUAGCCCUGUUAGGUGGUGUGCUGGCCAUUAUAGCCACUGUGUUAUUUGCCCUGCAAAUUGAUGAGCAAGAGCGUUUUGGUUUCAUAAUCACUCGUGGCAUAUCCUUUUACAUACAGAUUGUGGCUAUUGUGCUGUCAGUGGCCCUGUUUGUGGCCGCGUUGUACGAUGUGAUCUUUACACGCAGUCCAGGCGGUGAUCCGACCAUGGCAUUGGAUGCCUCAUCGCCUGCCAGCGCCACAACCUUCAAUAAUCCCGGUUUCAAGGAGCCACGCAGUCGCAAUGGCGUAUCGGUGACGGAUGCUUCCGGCAAACCGUAUAGCGGGAUUCGCAACGGUGCCGGAAGUGGCGGCGGUACAGCGGGCAGUGUGGCCUCCAUGAGCACCACAGUCACAAGUGUUUCGAAUGGUUCGACACUUGAUUCGGUGACACGAUCACCAUUACGUUCGAGCCUGAAGAAACCCCGACCACGGCCAGAUCCAACGUUGGGCAUACAAAAUCCGGGCUAUUCUGGUUCCGGUAAUUCACCGCCGCCCAUGCGACGAAAUGGUAGUGUGAAAAAGGUUCGCAUACAGACGCACAGCACAGAGGUUUAAAUACAUAUGGAAUGUGUAGAAUCUGUUCAGUAGAAGUAGUUAAUAAGUGUCGACAAAAGCAUUAACAAACAACAGCAACAAACAACAUUUACAAAGACUGUGUACAGUAGCAAACAAAAAAAAAAAAACAAACAAACAAAAACAAAACCACGAAUUGACACAACAUUCGAACAUUUGAUUUCAACAAGUACUUUUCAAAAAUUUUCAUUUUGUUUUCUUUCUUUGAUUUUUGUUUCAUUUGUCUUCCAACAAUGGCCGCCCUAUACAUACAUAUAUCUUCAUAUCAAUGUGUGUGUGUGUAUAUAGCAGGCUAUAACUAAUUUGAUUUCUGUUUAAGGCAACGGGUUCCGUCCAUGGGCAAAAAAGAAAAACAAAAAAAAAAGACAACAUAAAGUAUUUCAUUUGAAUUUUCUCUCAAAAGUAUUUCAAAAUGUCCUCAUAAACCAUUAAACCCCCCCACAUACACACACACACAUUCACCCACCCACACACACGGCCCAGUUCCGUUCCACAAAUCAGUUAUACUUAUUAUCCACAAAAUGAAAUCCACAAUUAAUAUUUAAUUUAAUUUUAGUUUUUCACCUGCAA